GCGUCAGCUGUGUUAUAACCUCAAAAACUGACGGCUGUCAAACGCUUACUAUCAACAAACAGAGUGAUUGAGGUUUAAAAAUAAUAAUGACGAACGAGAGCGGAGAAAAAAUGCUGGACCUUCGAAAAUCUGAAGAGGAAGCUAAGGCGACAGCGACGAAACACAUAAUAAAUAUGCUCCAGCGUCCUGGUCAGCUGGAAAAAGUAGAACAUUACAAGCGUAGGAUCAGUCGGAAAAAAGCUUCGAUUGAAACGAAGUUGAAAACUGCGAUGCAAAGUCAAUUGGACGGGGUGAGAGUCGGUUUCAAUCAGCUUCAAGAGUCGCUGGAAAGUAUCUCCUUGAUUAAACAAGAACUGGACCUGAUCGGCGAGUCAUUUGGCUCCGCUCCUGAGCUGAACAACACUCUGCAGGCUGUUCAAGAUGAGAACAUGCGACACUCGCAGUACGUCACCGCUAAAGAGAACCUGAAACACAUAUUCACUGUUCCAGAAAGCGUUGAGAAGACGAAGCAAUGGAUAAACGAAGGAAAACUUUUACACGCCCAUCAGAGUUUGAUGGAUUUGGAGAAUUCGAGGGACGACUUGCUGUACGAACUGCACAAGCUGCCCAAUCAAUCACCCGCCGAUAAAGUCAUGCUGAAAGCGUACUUUGAAGAUGUAGAAACUUUGUCGCAGUUAAUGGAAAAGCAAAUUAAAUUGGUUGUUGGUCGCACUUUAAACACUGUCAGAAAAGAACCAACCAUCAUUGUUACGGCGCUGAGGAUAAUUGAACGGGAAGAGAAGGCGGAUCAGUUUGCAAUUCAAAGGCAUAAGCAGAGCGGAUUCAUGCCUCCGGGAAGACCGAAGAAUUGGAAAAAGAUGGCAAUUGAAGUAUUGGAGAAAUCUGUGGCCAACAGAGUCGAGGGAACUCAUGUAGAUGAACGAGCAGACAAUAAAAUGUGGCUGGCAAGGUAUCUGGAAUUGGCGCGUCUCCUCAUCCUCGAAGACCUAAGGGUGGUAAAAACACUGUGCGGACCUUGCUUCCCACCCUCUUACAACAUAGUCAGGAAGUUUGUAGAGAUGUACCAUAACAGUCUAUCUCAACACUUGAAAGACAUAAUAGCGAAUGGCCUAGAGGGUAACGAAUACGUAUCUCUGCUUGCCUGGAUAAUGAACACUUAUACAGGUGUAGAACUAAUGCAACACCCGGAGCUGAACAUCGACACCAGUGAUAUAGGACCUUUGCUGAGCAACGAGGUCCUGGAGGAACUGCAGGAUCAAUACUUGAAGAACAUGCAACAGAACUAUGAAGAAUGGAUGAAGAAGACAUUGGAAACUGAAAAGGUUGACUGGUGGAGCGGAGUACUGCCAGAAGGUAGUACGCAAGAAACCUAUUACCACACGGCAGCACCGGUAAUCAUAUUUCAAAUGGUGGAUCAGAAUCUCCAAGUAACGAAAACGAUCAGCAAUCAACUAACUGCCAGAGCGCUUGUCCUUUGUAUAGACCAAGUUGUGAGAUACUGUGCGGCGUAUCGUCAGGCCAUACUUGAGUUCAAAAGCAAACAUUUCGAGGAUCGGAGCAGAGUUCCUUACUUCACUCACCACAUGAUCACCAUUGUAAACAAUUGCCUUCAGUUUAUUGAACUCGCUCAGCAAAUGAAACAACUUUACUGGGUUUCCAAUGCCAGCGGUGAUGCUGCUGUCAAGUUUGAGGCUCUCCUGGCCAAUUACGAACAGCUAAGAGAUGAAGCGGCGACCAUUUUAUUGGAGGAGUCGUUCCUAGACUUGGAACUCCACUUCCAAGAUCUCCUCACCCCAAAAUGGCUCUCCUCGCCGAUACCCGUAGAAACGAUCUGCGUAACCUUGGAGGACUAUUUUCAGGACUAUAAUCACCUUAGAGUAAAGAAUUUUGAAUAUGUCAUUACAGAGGCUCAAAAUCUGAUAGCUAAACGAUAUAUAGCAGCUAUGCUGCAGCGAAAGAUAUCGCUAAAGACGUACGACGAAUGUCUCACUUGCACAUCAAAAAUUAUGACAGAGGCUGAUAAGAUAAAGAAUUUUUUCGUCAGAAUUGCACCCAAAGUGGGGAACUUUGAUUCGCCUUUCGAAGUAAUAAAAAGACUGGCCGAAGUACUGCGUUGCGAGGAUUCUGAAAUUUUAUCUUUGGAUCUACAUUCACUCGUUGAAAAAUACCCUGACAUGACAGAAGAUCAUCUCGUACGAUUGUUGAGUCUCCGAGGAGACAUACCGAGAGCUACAGCUAGGGAAAAAGUAGCGUACAUAUACGAAGCUCAACGUAAUCGAACAGCUCCACAGCCCAUGCCUAAUAGUAUAUUUAAGCAAAUUGUCAUCCAGGAUAGUUUCUUAAAUUGGAAACCCUGAGUACUGUAAAUAAAUAAUUUUUCGUCUUGUAUAGAAA